GCCGGUGCCGCGUAGAGCAUCACAACGUGACUGCCAUUUUGAAUGUGCAAAUAAACAUAGUUUUGCAUGUCGUUUUGAAAGUGAAGCUGUCAUUCUUACCUUUGGGCCUUUCGUUUACCUUUCGUAUUUUGUGUCGUGUUUUCCUUCCGUAGCACCGGCACCCGCUGGCCUGUAGAAAAAAAGAAAGAAGGAAUAAACGAAAACACACACAAACACACACACCGCCAGCGUGUGCGCACGUGUACUGGAGAGGGCUGCAGUGCGUUCACGAGAAUGAAUCUAUUCCAGAGCGUUUAGUCUCUCCAGUGGCGGCCUGUUCGCUUUCCUGACGUGAACAACACGCGAUGAAAAUUGCGGUUAAAGCAGAAACCACCAACACGGUUAUCGAGAAGACGUACCACUCUAUUUGCUGUUGUGUAUCCAACCAGUGAGUAUUCCGUCUUGCUCUUUGAUUGGUAGUUCACUUUGUGCUGCGGAGCGCACAACGCGUGCCGCAGCAACGUCUGUGGUGCUGGGAUUCUGCUUCGCGUGGCCGGUACGAAGCAUCAACGCACGCCUCCUUUCCCAAAGUACCCCCCCCUUCAUUUGGUCUGCGCUUUCCUUCUCCUGUUGCGCUUUUCAUUGUUAUUUUGCUCUCCAUGCAGAGUCAGAACCAGAGAAGACUCCACAGCAGCACUGCGGAGGAAAACAAAUAAAAGAAAUCAAAACUAGGAUAAAGGCGCGUAUUUUCAUCGCGCUCGUCUGUCGAGCUGCACAGGGCCUUUCUUUCUCUCUUCACACGGCACCCACAGCUUCGCUGUACUCAUGCUCCGCUUCGGUCGUGUGCUGCUGGCGGAGGCGACCACCAUCAACAGCAGCACCGCAUCCGCGAGCGGUCGCCUCAUCCGCAUCCGCAAGAAGAGUAAAUGGAUCGACCGUCGUAGCACGCGAGUGCCGCACAACGGGAAGGAUAUUUGGUACUUCGGCGACCAGCCCAGCUGCGCGCUCUGCCACGUGCGGUUUCGCUACAAGCAGGAUUACGAAGCGCACAAGGAAAGCGAGCUACACGUGAACCGACUGCGCUGGGUAGAGACGAUGACGUGGUGGAGGGAGACGGGGGAGCCAGCCUACUUGAAGGCAGCCAAUGAGCAGUGGGCGUGGUUUGAGGAGAAGGUGCUGCCAAGGAAGGCGCAGGAGAUGCACUGCAGCCUGGAGGAGGCCCGCCGCCUCUAUCGCCAGUCCGUCAUGACGGAGACGCCGACGUGGCACCGCCCACUGCAGUGCCCGACGGUGAAGCAGGAGGUGCGGGAGCCGCGCGAUCAGCGAUGGCCGUCAUCGCCGAAGUGGUGA